AUGUCUGAAAGAACUAUGUCUAUGAAUGCUCAGGCAAUUAAAAUUGAACCACCAGAAUAUUCAGCAGAGGACAUUAAAUGUGAAAUUGAGGAGGAACUUGAUGCCCUUGAUGCUAUUGUUAAAUCUGAAUCGUGUUCUGAGGAUGAUGAAACGAGUUUAGCAAAAUUCAUGACUUCUGAGGUGACAAUUGAAGAUGAAGUCAAACAGGAGUCUUUUGAUUGUGACAUUUGUAAUCAAUCAUUUGCAGAAUCCCAUCAUCUAACAAAGCAUAUGGUCGAUCACAUGCCUAACCAUAGCAAAGAACGCCCUUUUAAAUGCAAAAUCUGUCAUAAGACUUAUACAUUAUCACAAGCAUUGAAAAGACACAUGAAAACACAUUCUGAAGAAGGUCUCUUUAAAUGUGAUGAAUGUGAUAAGACAUUCAGGCAUUCAAGUAAUCUAAAAAAUCACAUACUCAUUCACAGUGGCGAGCGUCCCUAUGAAUGCAGUAUAUGCAAGAAGACAUUUGCACAAUCAAAUAAUCUGAGAAAUCAUAUGGUCAUUCAUGGUGGUAAGCGUCCCCAUAAGUGCAAUAUAUGCAAUAAGACAUUCAUGGGAUUUAGCCAUCUGAAAGUUCACAUGCGCAUUCACAGUGGUGAGCGUCCCCAUGAGUGCAAUAUAUGCAAGAAGACAUUUAGACAAUCAGGUAGUCUGAGAAAUCACAUGGUCAUUCACAGUAAUGAGCGCCCUCUCGAGUGCAGUAUAUGCAAUAAGACAUUUCAACGAACAAAUAAUCUGAAAAGUCACUUGUUGACUCAUAGCAGUGGGCUACCUUAUGAAUGUUCAAUAUGCAAUAAGACGUUCAGACUUUUAUGCACUCUGAAAAGUCACAUGCUGAUGCACAACGGAGUAUGUCCUUAUGAAUGCAAUGCGUGCAAUAAGACAUUCACACAAUUAAGGUAUCUGAAAAAUCACAUGCUGGUACACAAUGAAGUACGCCCUCAUGAAUGCAAUGUAUGCAAUAAGGCAUUCAAACGAUCAAGUUCUUUGAAAGAACACUUGCGGAUUCAUAAUGGAGAGCAUCCUUAUAAAUGUGAAAUUUGCAAUAAGGGAUUUGCUCAAUCAUGCAAUUUAAAGAAACACAUGGCUCUUCAUAGUCGAGAGCGUGAUGAAAAUCUGUAA